AUGCAGGAAAAAGAGCAAGAGAAGCUUCUGGAGGAGGCCUCAACGGUGGUUCGGGAGCAGGGCUGUUACAUGAAGCGCGCCAUAGACAGCGACAACCUGCGCGACGCCUUAAAACAUGCUUCCAACUUCGUCAGUGAACUGCGCACCUCUCUUUUGUCACCAAAGCAUUACUACGAGCUGUACAUGCUAGUGUUUCAAGAGCUGCAGCACCUGCUUGCCUUUUUUUCGGACAAGUCCCGCCAUGGCCGCCGCCUGGCAGAUCUGUAUGAGACGGUUCAGCACGCGGGGAAUAUUGUUCCUCGUUUGUACUUAUUAGUGACAGUUGGUGUUGCUUUUAUAAAGUCUAAGGAAGCACCAGCAGCAGAUAUUCUAAGGGAUCUUACGGAACUCUGCAAAGGUGUUCAGCAUCCUAUGCGGGGUCUCUUUCUCCGCUUUUACCUCACCCAACUCUGCAGAAAUGUAUUGCCAGACAAGGGCUCGGAGUAUGAACAAGAGGGCGGCUCGGGCGCGGAAGAUGCCUUUUUGUUUUUGCUGACGAACUUCAACGAGAGCGCCCGUCUGUGGGUGCGACUGCAGCAGCAGAGCAGCGUCAGAGACCGUGCAAAGAGAGAAAACGAAAGGCAAGAUCUAAGAGUGCUUGUUGGUUCAGCUCUGGUCCGUAUGGCCCAACUUGAAGGCAUGACGGUCGAGUUCUACAAGACGCAGGCACUACCAGCCAUUCUGCAGCAGAUAAUGGCUUGCAAGGACACCCUGGCGCAGCAGUACCUGCUCGACUGCGUUGUGCAGGUGUUUUCAGAUGAGUGUCAUUUGCAGACUUUGGAUCAGCUGCUGGCCCAAACUGCGAAUGUACAAAAAGGAGUGGCGCUGAAGCCUGUUUUGGUGAACUUGCUCAGAAGGCUUACCAGCUUUCUUCAGGCAGAUCCAGAGGCUCUGCCUCAGGACAUAUCCGUAUUUGAUCUGUUUCGGAACUUCAUCGAAUCGCAGGUCGACUCUGCCAUUCUCACUUACUCAGGUGGCGGUGGCACGCCUUCGGACUCGCCCACGGGAGGCUCAAUGGACUUGCCCAGCUUGCUGGCGCUGCAAGUGGCAUUCUUGAACUUCUGUCUCACGCUUUUCCCCUCCCGCAUCGAUUACGUGUCUCAAAUACUUGACAGCGCUCACCGCCUCCUCGCGGCAACCUCUCAGCGCCCGUCUGCUGCCCCGCUGACAGCUGCUGCAGGAAUUGCUGGGGGGAGGUCACCCCCAAGCCUGGCGAAGCUGCACAGCCCAGGAGGCGUGACCCUGAGCCCUACAGGACUCGACGGAAGCUAUGCAGCCUCUGCGUCUGCCCGAACGGACACUAGCAACAAGCACUUGAAGCCGUUGCCCGAGGCGGGCAUGGAGGCGCUGAUGGAGCUGCUGGCGGCACCGCUGCGUGUCUUGUCACUGCAAGUUCUGAACAUCGAGAGUUAUGCCCCCUUAAUGGACUUCCUGGAUAAUUCCACUAGAAAUAGUGGUGAUGGCGAGCACUAUGGUUUCUGCGGUGGUGGCCGCCGGCACUCCGCUGUCUUCUGCGGAAUCUCUGGGUCGUUUCCUGAGUCUGGUUUCUCCGUUGUUACGGGAGGUUCAGAAAAAAGACUAGAUGACGAAAGCGCAGCGCUGGAGGAGCCAGUAGCGAUAGCAACAGAAGCUGCACAGCAGCUGCAGCAGCUCGCAAUGCUUGUGCAUCUCGCCAAGGCAGAAGACACUGAUGAUCACUUCAGUCUGCUUCUUGUCGCAAAAAGCAAAUUCUCAGAAGGGGGUCCCAAUUGCCUGCGUGUGUUGUUGCCGCCUUUGGUUAUUUCUGCGUGCCGGCUGCUGCCGUCUGUUAUCGAGAGGCAGCAGCGGGCAGAACAAAGAAUUCAAGAUGUCACUCCGCCAGCGCAUGGAGGAAAGAAGAUUUGCCAGUUCAUGCAUUCGACCUGCCUGGAGCUCGUUCAGAUUGACGCGGAGAUGGCCCUGAGGCUGUGGCUGGUGGCCGCCAUGGCUGCGGAUAAUGCGAACGUAGCUGUGGGCGGCUACGAGGCGAUCUGCCACGAGUUCAUAAGCCAGGCUUUGGUUUGUUUCGAGGAGGAGAUCACUGAAAGCAAGAGGCAGUUCGCAGCACUGAGCGAAAUGGUGGGAUGUAUGUCGGGCUUCAUCCGGGGACUUGAUAGGGAAAACUACGACUCAAUUGCCUCGAGAGUGACCCAGCACGGAGCGAAGCUCCUCAAGAAGCCGGACCAGUGCAGGGCUGUUUUGUCUUGUUCGCAUUUGUACUGGAACGCGGCGGAGUACCGUGACAGCCGGAGGGUUCUGGAGUGUCUGCAGAAGUGCCUGAAGAUAGCAGAUGUUUGCGUGCAAGCGAGCACAUCACAUGUAUCUCUUUUUAUUGAAAUCCUGGACAAAUAUGUUUAUUACUUCGAUCAAAACAACCCUGAAGUCACUGUGGACUUCAUUCAAAAUUUGGUCGCGCUCUGCGCAGAGCACUGCAGGUUCGCGGAGCUGGACAAAGAUUGCAGCGUUAUGAACAACUUUAGAAACACUCUCCAGCACUUGCGCAGGAAGAAGCAAGCGGAUGGCAGCGGCAAGUACCGCGAUGUGUAG